UGACACAAAAUACUUUAUCAGUUUAUUCAAGUGCUAAUUUGAUAAUUGCAGCUUUAUAGAUGCACGGCGCACAUGAGACAACUAUUAAAAGCAGAUCGGAAAACCUUACAAAUCCGCGUGAGUCACGCACCUGCCACGCACCACAACAGUCGUCCAUCACUAGCUGCUGCCCCCGAAAGGCGAAAAACACGUAAAGUUUUCGAAUAAAAUGCAGCGAUUAGCGGAUUAAGCGGCGCGCGGGCUCGUAACUAAACGUUUUCAAGUAUUAAAUUACCGAUUAAGAAACGCAUCAACUUAGUGACAUAGUUUAAGUAACAGCCUGAGCACCGUAGUCGCCGCUUUUCAGCUUUUCCUCGCUGCCAAAACGCUGCAUGUCCAUUUUUGGUGAAGAAUUUCUCGCCAAAAUUAUCGCCCUUGGCCGGACGCAAUGAGAGAUGAGAUUUAAUUGGCUGAGCGAGUACGUGGCCAGCAUAUCAAGCAGCGUUGCAUCGACAUCUCCUUGGCGCCAACUGCAGCAGCAGGUCCAGCAGCUCGUCCCCAAUCCUCAGGCCAUCUACUGCCGUAUCAGGUCAUCAUCCGCCGAAGCACUGGAGCACGUAUUGAUCGCUUGUGCGGUGUACUUGCUAGUAUGCCUGGGCCUCUACAAGCUCACCUUCUGGCUCUCCGGAUCCGUAUCGGGAAGACACAACAACGACAACAACUAUGUCGGAUCCGGCGAAGAAGACGAACUGAAUCCAAAUCCGGAUGGGAAUCCCAAUUCAGGCGGACUAAAGCAAGCUCUACAAUCCGGGCUACGGCUGCGUAGCGUCCGGUUGCCCAAAACGGCACACAUGGAGCGCGUCCUUCUGAUCACCGCCCAUCCAGAUGACGAGUGCAUGUUCUUUGGGCCGUUGAUCUAUUCGCUAACGCAGCGUCAAGGCUGCCAGGUGUACAUACUCUGCCUGUCCAACGGAAACUUCGAGCAUAAGGCGAAGGUGAGGCGUCAGGAAUUAUGGCGUUCCUGCUCCAAGCUCGGUAUCCCCGAGUCUAACAUCGUCUUGAUGAAUGCCACCAAUCUGCCGGAUGACCCCUAUGUUGACUGGCGCCCAGAUGCGGUGGCCAGCUUAAUACUUCACACGGUCGAAAGCCUCGACAUCCAGGCAAUAUUCACGUUCGAUCGCGAUGGCGUCAGCUCGCAUCCGAACCAUUGUGCCGUGUAUUACGCGGCCGCCUCGCUCUGUUUGGCCAACCUUUUGCCCAAAGAUUGCAAGUUUUACACCUUGGAUUCAAUCAAUGUGGUCAGAAAAUAUCUGUCUAUCUUAGAUCUGCUGUGCACGUGCUUUAUGUCUACACAUUGGUGCAUAUUGAACUGGAAGGAGGCUGCGAUUGUGAGGAGCGCAAUGAAGGAGCACCACUCGCAGAUGAGGUGGUUUCGCUGGCUUUACAUCUACACUUCUCGCUACAUGUUUAUCAAUUCGAUGCGUCAAAUAAAUCUUUCGGAUGUGGAACUGGAAAUGCAGAUUCAUGACAACUAGCAACGGAAAUGAAUAUGAUUGAAUACCAAAAGACAAACUACCUUCAAGAUCGUAUGCUCCGAGUGGCAGAGCGAGUGGAUUUUAUUUUAGACUCUGACGAUUCUACUAGUAUAUAUGUAUGUAACUACUGUUGACCAAACGAUCGAUAGUAAUUGGAAAGCUAUAUCCAAAACCAACCAGGGAACAAAUAACCAGCAAAGCGACAGUACCAUAGGCAACCGAAACCACAAAACAGUCCAUUAAUUAGUUCCAAACUCACAUAUAAAAUGGCAUAUCUUUAAAUCUUAUUAGUUAGCUCUAAUUAUUAUUUAUACUCAGUCCAAGCAAUGUUCCAAAGUGUGCGAUGUAGUCAAAUGCUUAAAAAAUUAAAAAUGUAUGCAUUAUUAUAA